AUGAGUAAAGCCGAUGUAGUAAAUGAAAUUCAUAGAAAUGCUAGGGUGAAUUUCCCACGUAGAAAUGUUAUUACGAAAGAUAUAGAUGAUUUAUGGCAAGCAGACUUAAUUGAUGUGCAAUCAGUUUCUAAGGAAAACAAAAACUUCAGAUUUAUUCUUACCGUUAUUGAUACAUUUUCGAAAUACGCUUGGGCUUUUCCAAUUAAGACUAAAAGUAAAGAGGACGUAUGCUAUAAUUUUAUGAAGCUCCUAAAAAUACGUGUACCCAAAAAUCUGCAAACCGACAAUGGAACAGAAUUUUAUAAUGAUAAGUUUAAAAAAAUUAUGAGAUCUUAUAAUAUUAAUCAUCACUCAACCUUUUCAACAAAGAAGGCUUCCAUAGUUGAACAAUUUAUUCGAACUUUUAAAUCUAAAUUGUAUAAAGCAUUUAGUUUACAGGGUAGUUAUAACUGGAUAGGCGAUACUCUUAAUAAUGUUAUUUACGAAUACAAUCACACUUAUCAUCGAACUAUUGGUGAAAUUCCAGCCAAUGUUAAUAAUAAAAGUAAAAAACGAAUACUACAGAGAUACCUUAAAUUGGUAAAGAAUGAUAAUGUAAAACGUAAGUUUAAAGUAGGUGAUUAUAACACAAUUCCAACCACUUACUUAAUUGAAGAUACAAUUAGAGGUCAACAAAUUUUAGGAGGAUUUUAUGCGCAAGAGCUACAAAAGACCAAAAAUCCAAACAUAUAUUUAGUCGAAAAAGUUUUAAGAAAGAAAGGAAAUAAAGUUUUAGUAAAAUGGCUAGGUUUAUCUUCUAGUGAAAACAGUUGGAUCGAUAAGUCAAAUAUAUUAUAA